AGGAAGGCGAACAAAAGUUGAUUCAACAACAGGACACAGCGCCAAUCGACACAAAAAAACAGACUUGUAAUUUGGAGAAGUAUCAACAAGUUAGCUGUUAGCAGGGGAGGUACCACGGAGACAACAAAGCAAAGGAACUCGAAAGUUUAAAACAUCAAAGCAACACAACACAGCAACACGAAACACUAUGUCUUCAAGCAAGAACACAGCGGCCAGUGUGGUUCGCGUCGGGGUGGGCGUGCUCGUGAAAGAUCCAAGGGAAGCGGGUCGGGUAUUUUGUGGCAUCCGGAAAGGAUCUCACGGAGCCGGGAAGCUUGCGCUGCCUGGGUAAGUUCUACACCUCUUGGGGGCAUCGUCUCUUGGAUUCGUUCCUUUAUGGGAAACACCCCGGAACAACAUACCGACGGUCUUCUGGAUCGAUCGUUUGUUCAUUCCCUCGUCUUGCCAAAAGCGGAACGAUUUUUUUCAUGUUUUGCUCUGUUGUUGACUUUUUUCCUUUUCAAACGAUACCGUAUUCCAAGGGGCCACCUCGAAAUGUUUGAGAGCUGGGAAGACUGCGCCAUAAGAGAGGUAUUGGAAGAAUGCAAUCUAAACCUUGAUGCAACUACAAUAGCGUUUGGACACGUUACGAACGAUCCGAUGCCGGACGAGAAAAAACACUAUGUUACAAUAUUCAUGCUGGCAACCUGCAAGGCCGCGGAUCCUGUCCAGACACCAGAAAACAUGGAACCGGACAAAUGUCUCGGCUGGAAGUCAUAUAGCUGGAACGAGCUCUUGGAGCGCCAGAAGAAAGGUGAGCUAUUUGGUCCACUCGAUCUGCUGGUGCGGCAAAAACCCAUUGCAAUCACAAAAUUCAUGGAGAGUCUAGGAAACGACGAAUAAACACUUUAUAAGAGACAAACAACGUAU